AUGGACCGGAGGCCAUCCGGACUGGAUCUUCAGACAUCUUUUUGCCAAACUGAUGCCAGUUUCCCUUGUAUUAUCAUUUCUUCCCCCAUACACGACUCGAACUACCAGGAUAGCAACUGUGUCGAGCAAGACUCGCAACACAACUCCAACAGCCAAAACACAGAAACAUACCCAGCGGAUGUCGACUUGCACGUCGACGGGCAACAUCACAUCAUGAACGUGGGUCAAGGAUCGGAGUCGGCCUACUACUGGACGCCGAUGAACAACAUUGGCGGCUUCUUGACGUCUGAGGACCUGCUCGACAUGGACUCGUGUCUGAAUCUGGACGGGAACAUCUCGACGAGCGACUCCAUGUCCACCGACGGCUUGGAGCAUUGCAACAUGUUCACCGUCGAACCCAAUGAUGAGUUGGACAUCAAGCAGGACCGUCCUCAUUCUCCUGCUUUGUCUUUCCUGUCGGGCGGGCAGAGGAGCGAUGAUGUUGUAUAUGUUGCUGCAGCGGACGAGGAGCUCGACUUUAAAAUCCAUCAUCAUCAACAACAACAACAACAACCACACCUCGAUCACAACAGCAACGAGAGCUUUGACAACAUGCAUCACCACGAGCAGCACCUCAGAAGCCUGUCGCCCAGCAACAGCUUCGACGUCAACAACGCCGGCUCGAACUCGGACACGGAGAUCCUCAGGUUCGAGCACCUCUCGGUCAACUCGCCGCGAAAAGCCACCGCCGUCCCCGCCUCGGCCCCCGUAUCCAGGCGAGGGUCACCCAAGAAGGUGACGAAUCGGCUGGCGAACGUGUGCUCGGGCAUAUAUAAGAAGGCAUCGGCCACGCUGGGGAGGGGCGGGGCGCAUCAUCAGCAGCACCACUCCCGCUCGGUCAGCAAUGGCCUGCGACAGAGGCUGGAACGGGACGAGGGUCCCGAGGAGGACAUGACGGUGGCGCCGCUCAAUAUACAUAGAUCGAUGCCUACACAUGACAGCCUCCCCAUCACGCCACCGCUGAGUGGGCGUGGUCUAACUCAGACGCAGCAGCAGCCGUUUGUCUCGGGCCCUGUUGAGGAUCCCUUCAACUCCAAGCCGAACCCGGGCGGUCGACAGCAGCAGAUAGUACUGCCUGAAACCCCCAGCGGCACUCCACUGAUGAGUGCGCAAGAAAUGUCGGCGGCGCAGCAGGCAUAUGCAACAGCAAACUACGCCGCAAUGCCAGUGACGAGCGCCGCGUCUAUCGACCCGGAGCUGUGGGCCGCUGCUCAGUUCAAACUGUCACCUCAGUUUUGGAAUGGUUCGUCACCGACGGGUCUCCCUCUCCUCGAUUCAGCUGUGCCCUCACCUCUAGGAACAGAGAGGAUGGAUACAAGGCAGGGCCAGGGUUAUGGUUUUGCUGCAUCUGCUGCUGGUGUUAGCGCCGCAGCUGAUGCUGCAGCAUCAACGGAUACAAUGAUGUCAAGGAAAGAAUCAAGCCGUAACCUUGCAGCUGCCCAGGCCAACCAGCAUGGCACCAUCUCCAUGUCCCAACUGGAUCUCACCAAUGAUGGACUGAUGAUACACAUGCCACAGCCGAGAGGUCCUCCGCAUGCCGCGACGCUUCUAGCACUGCAACAACAGCAGCACCAGCAACUCCUGAACCAGUACCACCAUGUCCAUCAAACACACCAGCAACAGCAACACCAUCUCCUACCGGGAGCCAAUUUCCAAAUGCAGCCCCAAGCCGUCCCUAUGCUCUCACCCGAAGUCUCCCACAGGCCAGACCACGGCAUCCACCAGCAACAAAAACCGCACAACAACAACAACAACAACAACAACAACAACAACAACAACAACAACAACAACAACAACAACAACAACAACAACAACAACAACAACAACACCCACAACCACCGACGCCCCAAACCCAAAGCCCCAAGCUCCGGUGCCCGACACGGCGGUCCCGGCGGCUCGCUCGUCAGCCCACGCAAGGUGUCAUCCGGCGCCAGCCCGCGCAAGGUGUCCUCACACUCGAGCCCGCGCAAGGCGUCCGGCGGCAGCGGCUCGGCGCGGUCCACGACGUCGCCUUCCCCCAAGCCGCGGCAGCAGCUGCUGCAGGCGUCGCGUCGGAGCACGUCGAUGCAGUCUCUGCGGGACGGCGACUCGUCGUCGCUCUCAGCGUCCUCCACGGCAGCGAUCCGCAAGAGGAGGUCUUGGGCGUCGCGGCCGGACCUGGACCUGUACGCCUUGGAGAGCCAGCAACAGCAACAGCAGCAGGAGCAGCAGAGGCGGCAGACGUCGUCGUCGUCAGCGGCAGGCAAUCUCAGCAUCGGCUUCGUCAACUACACGGCCAUGGACCACGACGUUCUCAUGGCGGGCGUGGCGCCCAGCGGGUCGUCCAAGACCAAGGCGCGGCGGGAGAAGGAGAACCGCGAGCGGGAGGACAGGAUGAAGGAGGCGUUUGUGCAGGCCGUCUCGGCGGCUGGUGGGGAUACCGGGCGGUUUAUUAGCGGGGCAAUUGCCAUAUAG